AUGGCCGACGCUUUCGAUGCGAACCAUGAUAUCCAUUCACUUGCUUCAAGUCCAAUAUCUUCAUUUCCGAUUGCUUGUUUUCAAGAACCUGGACUCAAAAGACGAUAUCGAAACGCCAAAGAUAUUGAGACGCGCAUUCGAAUAUAUGAACGUAGCUUUCGUAUUCGAGUUGAAAACCUUGCCACAAUUCUACUUCUUCCUUUGCAGUAUCUCGAGGGCAAUGGUUAUCUUUACCCAAAGAACUGGAGCCACGCAGUGCCUGAGCAGCCAAAACCGCAGCCGAGAGUAGACCACAGAAUGAGCUAUAACCAGGUUAUGCUAUCCAUGCACUACCAUGCAUCAUUUAGAACUGCAAGCGAUGUCGAGAGCCUCCCUCCUCAUCACCACAAGGAGAAGGAGGCGGAGAAUAAUUGCAGUGUGCGCGAUGGAAAUAGAUGUGUUGUGACGGGAAGAUCUAACCCUUAUAUCUUCUGGUUUAUUCCCCGUGGACGGAAUGAUAAUGCGGACCAUAAUAACGCUACAGGAAAUCUUGAAGGGGGUUGUAUUUUCUUGACAGGAAAUAUCGACUUAUUAGAUGAUAUCCACAGUGCAACUGAGCUUGGUAAGACUCACAGAAUGUUGAAUAUGCUCUGCACUGACUCGUCUAUCUAUCACCUUCUUACCCAGGGCCUUUGUGCAUUUAACUUUAUUUGCACACAUAGACUUGAUGACGGGAGCUUUCAGGUACAAUUAAAAUUCUUUUGGAUGCCUGAGCUGCCCGGGCGAUUUAAUCAAGUCAUUGAUCUCGACGAAAUCAACCGAUGCGGACCCAGAAGUAAUGCAAAUGGUUUGACAAGCUUCGACCAUGACAAAGUACAGAGGGAAGGGAGACGAGAACUGACUGUUGACCUCGACAGCUUCCAGCACCGCGGCUGUCCUCCACCGCAAUUUGAUCGCCGCAGUCUGCAACUUGCGUCAGGUCAAGUUAUUUUUAUAAAGAUAUCAGAACAAGAGUCGCAGCUAUUUGAGACCGUUGUCAAGAUACAUUGGGCUUGUGUCACGUUUGCAGCUCUUUGUGGGGGUGCUGGACGUUCUUGGUACCUGACUGGCCGGAGUCAGAUAGAUGGCUCUUGUCAGCCGAGAGAUGAACAAUUCAGAGAGGACGAAGAGAAAAAGAGGAGAAAUAUUGGCAGCAGAUUCUAG